CGUGGAGACGCGGGCGCUUCCGGCGGCGGCCGUGGCUGUGGGGGUGGGUGUGGCGAAGCCCCUUGGCUCCGGGUCUGGUGGUGCUUCGGGGUCGGCUCGGUGUGGUUUGCGGAGGCGGCGCCGGCCCGGCGGCCUGGAGGCAGUCUUAUUGGCUGAACAAAACAGACAAGGUCCCUUGCCCUCGUGGAGCUUACAUUCUAGUGGAGUGACACAUACAGCAUAAGCAAAUAAGAUAAUUCAUAUGGUACACUGCAUGGUUCCUUCUCUCCACAGUGGUCUCACAUCUGAAACAUGGCUACAGAUUGGCUGGGCAGUAUUGUGUCCAUCAACUGUGGAGAUAGCUUGGGUGUCUAUCAGGGAAGAGUGUCAGCAGUGGAUCAGGUCAGCCAGACCAUUUCUCUCACCCGGCCUUUCCACAAUGGAGUAAAGUGCCUUGUGCCAGAAGUCACCUUCAGGGCAGGUGACAUUACGGAAUUAAAAAUUCUGGAAAUACCAGGUCCUGGAGAAAACCAGCAUUUUGGAGACCUUCAUCAGACAGAAGUAGGCCCCUCUGGUGUUGGGUGCCAAGUAGGUAUCAAUCAGAAUGGCACAGGCAAGUUGGUCAAGAAGCCAGCCUCUUCCAGCAGUGCCCCUCAGAACAUCCCUAAGAGGACGGAUGUGAAGAGUCAAGAUGUUGCUGUCUCUCCUCAACAGCAGCAGUGUUCAAAGAGCUAUGUGGACAGGCACGUGGAAUCCUUGAGUCAGUCCAAAAGUUUCCGUCGUCGGCACAACUCUUGGUCAUCUAGUAGCAGGCACCCAAAUCAGGCAACUCCAAAGAAAAGUGGCUUAAAGAAUGGCCAAAUGAAGAAUAAAGACGACGAGUGCUUUGGGGAUGAUAUUGAGGAGAUGCCAGACACAGAUUUUGAUUUUGAAGGGAACCUGGCCCUUUUUGACAAGGCAGCUGUGUUUGAGGAGAUUGAUACUUAUGAGAGGAGAAGUGGAACCCGUUCUCGGGGCAUCCCAAAUGAGAGGCCUACUCGGUACCGCCACGAUGAAAACAUCCUGGAGUCAGAGCCCAUUGUCUACCGACGGAUCACGGUGCCCCACAACGUGAGCAAGGAGUUCUGCACGGACUCUGGCCUGGUUGUCCCAAGUAUUUCCUAUGAGCUGCAUAAAAAGUUGUUGUCUGUGGCUGAGAAGCAUGGCUUGACUCUGGAGCGGAGACUGGAGAUGACAGGCGUGUGUGCUAGUCAGAUGGCACUGACCCUACUUGGAGGACCCAACAGGUUGAAUCCCAAAAAUGUUCACCAGAGGCCUACAGUGGCCCUGCUGUGUGGGCCCCAUGUGAAGGGGGCUCAGGGUAUCAGCUGUGGAAGGCACCUAGCCAACCAUGAUGUCCAGGUCAUCCUCUUCCUGCCCAACUUCGUGAAGAUGCUGGAAUCUAUUACCAAUGAGUUGUCUCUCUUCAGCAAGACCCAGGGCCAACAAGUGUCUAGCCUCAGAGAUUUGCCUGCCAGCCCUGUGGACCUGGUGAUCAACUGCCUGGAUUGCCCCGAGAAUGCCUUCCUGCGGGAUCAGCCCUGGUACAGGGCAGCCGUGGCGUGGGCCAACCAGAACCGGGCACCAGUACUCAGCAUAGACCCUCCUGUGCAUGAAGUCGAACAGGGCAUCGAUGCCAAGUGGUCCCUGGCUCUGGGCCUGCCUCUGCCUCUCGGGGAGCACGCAGGCCGUGUCUACUUGUGCGACAUCGGCAUUCCCCAGCAGGUAUUCCAGGAAGUGGGCAUCAACUACCACUCGCCCUUUGGCUGCAAGUUUGUCAUCGCACUGCACUCUGCCUAGAAGGGCUCUGGGCAGGCUGGACCCCGCAGGCCCCUGCUGCUCCCGACACUGAACUCGACAACGAACGCCUUAAGGAUGUGAAGUUUCAUGGGCCUUGUUAAAUUUUUUCUCUUUUUGGUUAGUUUCUUUGAGAGAACAGAUCAUAUUUAAAACUGACCUCCCACCUGCCCUUAGCCAGGGAAGGCUCUCCCACUGGGUUGGCGGGGCGAGUGGCAGGCUAAGUGCACAGUGGCUUCAGGCAUCUCUACACUCAGCCCCCUGCGUGGUCAGGUGGGGCUUCGUUUACAGACAUAGGCAGCUCACAGACUGUGUGUCAGGUUUACAGCCACUGGGCCUGGGCGAACGCCUCGCGAGGUGGGGCAGUCCUGUUUGGGGGCCUGUGCUUGCUCUGGUUCAGAGCUUGUGGCUUUGUCUCCCUUGCGCCCCGCCAUUCCUCCCAGCUGAGCUGCCCUUCCUCUGAUCUUGUAGACCUGGCUGUGCUGCAGUUGUCCACUAGAGGGCUGACUUGCAUUCUCCAUUCAGUUUGAGGGCCUUGAGGCCUUGCCUGUUGCCCCACCGCAAGUUGAUUUGGGGGCUUUCUCUUGACCCUUUCUCCUGA